AUGGAGGGUAAGCGCAGAGCAAACACCGAAAAGGAUACAGAGAACCGGUAUUCUCUACAAGAAACCGCAAGCGAUGCAUCUCGUACUCCAGGUCCAGGAUGGCGUCCGGGACGUGAUCCAGCCAAUAUAGAAAUCAACAUCGGACCUAGACGAAGUCGAAGGCUUCGGUCAAGACAAGAGGAGCCUUCUCAAGAUGUACCUCAUACAGAUGAACAGCCAUCUCAGAGCACUUCAGCGGGCACCCAAGCCAAUCGACUGGAAGAACAGCGGACGACUACAUCAAGUUCCUCUGAGAUAGCUGCCCGGACUUCACCUGAUAUUCAUACUCGCACCAAAAGGGAGCGGCGACCAGUCCCUCCUGAUUGGGAGCCACCAAUGACGAUCGGCGCAUCACUUGGUACGAAUCUGAGCCGUCUAGAAAACGCAGAGCGAUCAGUCCUGCAGUGGGAGGCCAUCAUCGCCAACACCCGCAGAACGCAGCCGCGGGCAGACUUGUCGGGCCUCGAAAAACAGCGAGACAAGGCCAGACAGGAAUUUGAAUGGAUGGAAGAGUCCGACGAGAACUUGAUACCUGUUGGAGAGCUCGAAUCUACCAAAAGGCACCGUGUCCGAAAAAGAAUAGACCUUCUCACAACAUCACUUGGGCGUGAUGAGUGUCCAGCUGGUGACACUAACAUCCGUGCCGCAAUAAAAGCUUAUCAAACCGGGCAAAUUAAGUGCUGGGAUAGGUGGACUCUCAUUUAUGCUGGCCACUUGGCAGAUUUCUGUCCCUCGUAUGAGUCUUUCACCUUGGACCGAAAGGAGAGACUUGACCGAUAUCACAGUCAGUACGGCGAAGGCUGGCUCUGGUAUGAACCUCCUCUCGCUCCGGGAGGGAAUCACCAGGCUGAACAACUCAUGGCUGCCACUUGGGCACAGCCUUCUGCCGACUCGGGUUUGUUGACGGGUCACAAGCCCUACAAUUGGGAAAUAUCAAUGGGCUUCAAACGCGUGAAGGGUUUCCAUAGUCGCUUCACUCAAAGGGCGGGCAAAGCUGGCCGUAAAAAGAGCGGAAAGGUCUUGUUGUACCAGACGCAACUCAGAGAGCUUGGGUCGGACAAGAGGGCCCCUUGUUAUGUGGAGGACGACGACGAUGACACGACAGCACCCCGCGUGUGCUUCAAGAUGUUGCUUGACAGUGGGGCCACUCAUCCCUCUCUGCAUAAUACUGAUCUGCAGUAUAUCGGUAUCGACCGAAAGACAUACCCAGCACAGACACAUAUCGCUGUUUCUACUGCCGAGAGUUCAACCGCAGUCGCUAGAGUUUAUGAAAUGCGUGUCGACGUCUGCCGUUACAAUGGAGAGUCACUUGUAGGAGACGACCCCAUCUUUCCAAAUGAACGUCGGGAGCUGGGUGGCAUCGCACCGGUCAUGAUCCUGGUCAAGUCGACGCCAGAUGAGAGUGAGCCGCUGUCGGAGUGGUAUGAAGAAGCCCUGGACAACGGCGAGGAUGUCUCGGAGGAAGCAAUAGCGAAACGGUACAAAGGAUCUCAGGAAUCGCGCCUAUCAGGUAUGCUCCCGUUUCAAGUUUGUUACUUUGCUGGAGCUCCUGGGAAAUCGGUGUUUUGGUUCGGCGAAGACAGACGAGACGUUCUUGGGGCAGAUCGCAUGCCAGGUCAGCAACGGUGGGAGCUACAUUUGGAGCCCAAAGGCGUGCAGCGUCCGAAAGAGGUUUCUCACUUGGAUCGUCCGACAGUUGUCUUUGAUCACCAAAUGAAGGGACUGAAACUUCUCGACACGGAUUCCGCGACAGACUCGAGGACAAGCGUCUUGACCAUUGACGAUGCAACGAAGAAAAGACAAGUGGUGAUGAAGACAGGCAAAGAUCCAGAAGAGACAGUCAUUCAGAAAACUUCUAAAAGGAAGGCUCAAACUGGCUCUUCGACGAAUACAAAACCCUCGAGAAAGAGAACGAAGAAGUAG